UUUACCAUUUCAGUUUCACUCAGACCCGGCCUGAAAUCGCGCGUGUCCACACGCCGAUACUCGAGCCGCAGCUCUUCGUCUUUGAAUUAAAACCGACAAUUUCCCAGAUCUCCGCGCCUCGUCUUGUAAUACAAAUUUCGUUCGACGAAACCUUGGGACUAAGUGAUUUUUGCAUUCUGCCGGCUAUCCAAAUAACACCCGAUCGUGUUAAUUGUGUCACGUUUCGUCGGCGAAAGAAAUUGUUUAUCUUUCAAUCGCUGCUAACACCGGUGACGACGAAAGAGAGAGGCUGAUCAUACAUAAAGUGUACAUAAAGUCAAAUUGAAAUACAAGGGAAAAUGGGAUACGGCACGGAAAUGGACAGCUGCGGCCGUUGUAUGAAGUAUUCGUUGUUCUUUGUGAACUUGAUAAUCUUCAUCGGUGGUCUCGCGGUAGUUGGAUUAGCAACGUGGGCCCUGUUGGACAAAGUACCAUGGAUAGGUGAAUUAGUAGGGAACGAUUUGCUAACAGGUGCCACUUACGUUCUAUUGGCCGGUGGUGUCGUUGUCAUCAUAAUAUCGUUCUUUGGUUGUAUCGGUGCAUCUCGAGAAGUCAAAUGCAUGCUUCUCACGUACUUCAUCAUCGUGUUCCUUCUGUUCGUGACCAUGUUAAUUGGCGGAGUCCUCGCAUACGUGUUCCGCGAAAAACUAGUGAACACGCUUGAGAGGGAAAUGUCGAGUUCGAUGAGAGUUUACGAUUCUCGUAAAUCAGUCAGAGAGGCUUGGGAUACGACGCAGUCGACGCUCCACUGCUGUGGAGUAAACGGCUGGAGGGAUUGGGGAAUUCAGGGACUCAACGUGCCGGAGAGUUGCUGCCGCGAGAUUCAACCUGGCCAGCGAUUCAACUGCAACGCUGGACCAGACACAGUGAACCCUUCGAAUGCCUAUCUUGUUGGUUGCAUCAAUGGAACGCAGAUUUACAUGCAAAAGCACGCGACAAUCAUGGGUGGCGCCGGUAUUGCAGUCGCGUGCUUGAUGUUCUUCGGUAUGAUAUUCUCGUGCGUUCUCUUCAAGAUGAUAGAAUGACGAGAGAGCGGUGUGCUUUAAAACACAGCUUCGUUCUUCGUGUCAGGCUAACGAAGAGGAAGAAGUGGAUGUCAGCCGUCCUCGAGCGACUCAUGAAUUCAUAAUCAACGUCAUCGUCAUUGAGUGUACCUAAGCUGAAGUACGAGAAUCAAAAUGCAUCUUCACGCGCAUCUUUCCAAUGUA